AUGCCAAAAUCUAAAGCAAACCAGGUGACUCUCGCGCCUGCAAUCAUCGAUAGUGAUAACAACGAUGCACGGAGGCUGGCUGAGAUGGGCUACAGCCAGAACAUGGCGCGCAACUUCUCCGUGCUCUCGUUGUUAGGCGUUGCGUUCUCCCUGGCGAACUCGUGGUUCGGUGUAUCCGCCUCUCUCAUCACGGGUAUCAAGUCCGGCGGGACGGCGUUGACUAUCUAUGGUAUCCCGUGGAUCGCCGUGAUUUCGACAUGCGUUGGCGUCUCACUGUCGGAGUUGGCCUCGGCCAUGCCAAACAGUGGUGGACAGUACUUCUGGGCCGGCGAGCUGGCUCCGCGGAGGUACGCAAGCUUCGCUGCGUACCUGACAGGCUGGCUGGCAUGGUCUGGGGCCAUCUUCACCUGCGCCAGCGUAGCGCUGAGCCUGGCCACCGCGUGCGUGGGAAUGUGGCAGCUCUCGCACCCGGAGUUUGUGAUCCAGCCGUGGCAUGCGGUGGUCGCGUACGAAGCAAUCAAUCUCUUUGCGUUCUGCUUCAACUGCGUGGGCAAGGUGCUGCCGGCGGUCGCCACGACGACCCUGUACGUCUCUCUGGUCUCGUUCGCCGUGAUCCUCAUCACCGUGCCCACAGCGGUGCCGACGCACGCACCGGCGCGUUUCGUCUUCGGGCACUUUGUCAACUCGACCGGAUGGCUCUCGGACGAGCUCGCGUUCCUGGUCGGCCUGAUCAAUCCCAACUGGAUCUUCGCCUGCCUGGACUCGGCGACCCACCUUGCGGAGGAAGUCAUCCACCCCGAACGAAGCAUCCCCAUCGCCAUCCUGUGCACGGUGCUGAUUGGAUUCCUGACGUCCUGGACCUACUGCAUCUCCAUGUUCUUCAGCGUCAGCAGCCUCAAUGAGAUCCUGAACACCCCUACCCGCGUCCCUAUCUUGGCGCUGUACUACCAGGCCCUUCAAAGCAGGCUCGGCGCUAUCGUCCUCGAGUCCCUGGUCCUGAUCACCGGACUCGGCUGCCUGAUCGCCUGCCACACCUGGCAAUCACGACUGUGCUGGUCAUUCGCGCGCGACCACGGCCUUCCGUUGUCUACUAUUUUCGCUCGGGUACAUCCCCGCCUGGACGUGCCCUUGCACGCGCACGGCGCGAGCUGCGCCGUCGUGGCGCUGCUGGGACUGCUGUAUUUGGGUUCGUCAACUGCAUUCAAUAGCAUGGUUACCGCGUGCAUCGUGCUUCUGUACGCCUCGUACGUGGUCCCAAUCGUGUGUCUUCUCCACCGGGGCCGGGAGAGCAUUGAGCAUGGACCAUUCUGGCUAGGGCGGGUCGGCCAGAUGUGCAACUAUGGAGUGUUGCUCUGGACGGCGUUCUGCCUGGUAGUAUAUUCCUUUCCGGCAGAGUAUCCGGUGACUGCAGAGAAUAUGAACUAUGUAUGUGUGGUGUAUGCUGUGGUCGGGAUAGUCAUUGCAGGGGAUUGGUUUCUUCGUGGUCGACACGAGUUCCGUGGUCAGACCACGCGACAGCCUGCGAUUGAAGAGUAUGCUCCUAUAUUGUCCACGGAGGAUGAUCCUCCGUGCCAAUGA